GUUUAUAGGAACAAGAAGUGGAUUCGCCUUAUGAGUGAUUCCUUGGUAGCAUGCGAUAUUGUGUCUCUCCCGAAUGCAGCUAUCGUGCCCUGUGAUUUACUUCUCAUUAGGGGCACUUGUAUAGUGGAUGAAUCAUCCCUUACAGGUGAAUCUGUUCCUGUAACAAAGGAGCCUUGUGAAGCCUUGAAGGGUGUCGAAGAGUUUACCUUUGAUGAAGGUCAUAAGGCCCAGGUGCUCUUUGGUGGCACAAAAAUCGUCCAGUCAACCCCGCCUUCCAAAUCUGCCACUGCAAUAAAGACUUCCGAUGGCGGACUUUUAUGCUUUGUUAUCCGUACUGGAUUGAGCACUUCUCAAGGGCGUCUUCUUAAAACAAUCAUGUUCAGCGUCAAGACAAUUACAGCCAACAAUACUGAGACGUUUCUUUUUAUUCUCUUUCUCCUUUUCUUUGCGAUCAUUGCAUCCGCCUACGUUUGGAUCGAAGGUUAA